GCCUAAAUGUGUUAAAACAUUUUAUUCCUAAAGGACUUUUUUUUUUUAAACAUUUUACCGCACAUAUUUUAUGAAUUAUUCAUAAGUGGGCGUGUGCGUAUACAUUGUCGAAUCUGGGACAGUGGUACAAGUCCACGCAACGACCCAUCUGAUUAUAGGAAUGGCGGCGACAGAGUCAAGUCUAUGUCCGAGUCCAAUAGCAGUGGCAGAUACUGUUGUACCUGCCUGUAUGUUUGCUCCAGACCGGGGCAACGAUGAUGACCCAUCUGGGGGGGACUGUUACGAGGACGGAGAGGCUCACAAUGGCGAGUCCGAGGGUCAUUUAGACCUAACUAGCAAGAUGGUUCUGGUCAGUCCAACAGGAGAACAAUAUGAUGUGUUAUUUCGGCAACUCAGGGAGAGGAUGGACGAGGGCUGUGGGGAAACUAUCUACGUGGUGGGAAUGGGCUCAGACGGUGCCGACUAUGGGCUGAACGAGCAGGACAUGGAGGCGUCGGUGGCCACGGUGCAGUCGCUGUGCGAGACGGUGGAGGCUGACAUCAUCCUGCUGCGUGAGCGGGCAGAGACGGGCGGCAACGUGCGCGACUACCUCAUCCGUCGCCGCGUGGGGGACGCCGACUUCCUGGAGGUCAGGUGAGCAAUGGCCAGAGAGAGGGCGAGGGACCCCAAGAAGACACGAUGCCUCACCAUGAUGUAUGCCAUGGUGUGGCCCAAAGUCAAGUAAACACAUCACACAUUACGCAUAAGCAAAAAGCGAGCAUUACCAAAAGCCAGAGGUUGGAGUAGUGUUGCAGUCACUUGGACAUACAAAGUUGUCCCUGUUUCAGUGGUGUCAGGCCUCAUGGAUGAAGGGGUCCAUGUUUGUAUUACAGAUGCACCGAUCCACUUUUGUUCAGUUCCAAUCCGAUACCUGAAUUUGAAAUCUUCCAAUACUGAUACCAGAGCUCUUUAACUCUAAUAAUAGUUAUUGUUAUUGUUUUCAUUAUUCUCCUUGUCGUUGGUAUUUUGGGUUACAUGAGGCUUUAGCAAA